AUGAGUUGUGUAACGAGCCAUUUACAACGCGUAGUUACCUUGCGAGUAUACAUGAUUGUUGCAUUGGUUAUUACACCAAUGAUUCUGCCAUUUUUGUACGACAGAACACAAUGUCAAAACGAGGUUCUGUAUGGGUUCGAGUCAAGUUUGGAACGUAGAAAUCACGUGGCACUGCUUACUAUGGCGAAGAAUGAAACAGACAAAAAACCGAAACUAGUGAAUAAGAAAAAGACAGUUUUGUACUGGACGAAAAUGUUUUCGAGUAAAAAUUUUCGCUUAAGUGUACACGACGAAAAUCCUGACGUUUUUGCAAACUGUCCUGUCAGCUCUUGCAUUGGAACAAGCGAUCGGAAUUAUCAACCUGUCGAGGAAUUCGACGCUCUACUGUUCCACGGUCCAGAAUUAAACGCCAGAGAUCUGCCAAAAACAAGAUCACCAAAUCAACGCUACAUAUUCGCGGAUUUUGAGACACAGGUCUUUCAUCCGAUACCGAAAAGAUUAGAAUUCAACAAUUUUUUCAACUGGACAAUGACUUACAGGAGAGAUUCUGACAUCAUGCGGCCGCACGCUAUGUUCAGGAAAAUUAAUAACAACGAACUGAUCCCCCCCGAGAUUCCUGCACAGUGGUUGAACGUCUCCGACGGCAACGUGUCCGAGUCUUCACGUCUCUUGUUCAAGAAGAAGUCGAAAAUGGCCGCAUGGUUCGUCUCUCAUUGUUCGACGAACAGUAAGCGAGAGAACAUCGUGAAGAAGUUGCAGAAAUACGUGACGGUUGACAUUUAUGGAACAUGUGGUAAAUUUGAAUGUCCGAAAUCCAAAGGAGACGAAUGCUACGAGCAAUUGGAAGAAGGAUAUUUCUUCUAUCUGUCAUUCGAGAACUCGUUGUGUCGUGAUUAUAUCACGGAAAAAGUAUACCGGAUCCUAGACUACGACGUUAUACCCGUCGUUUACGGUGGGACAGACUACGAAACUUUUCUUCCGCCGAAUUCCUACAUCAACUUACAGGACUUUCCCUCGAUCGAGGCACUCGCCAAUUUCCUUACGAAACUGAGUCAGGAUGAGGAGAGGUAUCUGAGCUACUUCAAGUGGAGAAAUUUUUACAGAAUGGUCACUGGGGAUCCCCAUGUUAUCGCUUGCGAGUUUUGCAAAACCCUUCAUGAGCCGAAUAUGCCUCGACAGGUGAUUGCCAACAUAUACGAUUGGUGGGCUGGAGGAUCGCAGUGUGUCCCACCACCUCAAAUCAACUAAUGAAGUCAUUGGUGCUAAUCAAGAUGAUUUUAUUGGCAUUUGACAAGGAAGAAUAAGUAUAGG